UCUGAAUGAGCUGUUGGAGCUGGGUGAGGUGAUGCCGGGUGUGUUCUGUGCCCUCAUUACGAGACUGAUGGACGUAUGGAAGGGCAGUGUGAAACUGAUGGACAGCCAACUGGACGUCAUGGUUAAGGCCCUGACGUAUGGACCCGUCUACCGCAAAGAUCAGCGGAUUGUCUUUGACUCUGAGGCCUUUGUGACAGCGCAAGGAGAAGCUCUGUCCGUCAACCAGCUGCUGAAGAGCGAACAUCAAGCCGACAUCGAAGUCCGAGCGCUGGGAAUUGCCUUCCUGAUCCAGCUGAGCUCCGACGAAAAAACGUCCCCCCAGACCGCGGCUAUGCUUUCGGAGGCCCUGGUGCGGUACGACCACGAGGUAACAUCGACACGGAAACGUUACUUCGGCAACUCGACGAUCCACCGACUCAAGAACAGGGUCUGGCAAGCUCAGCUUUGCCUUCUCCACCUCCUAAAUGAGGAAAUGUUUGAGAAGCUUCUGGAACACGUUUUUCAUGAGUUAGUUCAGGACAGCCAACAGCCGUCCAUUCGCUGCCUGCUGGAGUGGACAGCCGUCUCGAUCCUUCUCCGUACGCCUCGACUUCGUGCCAAGUUGGUUCCUGCCAUGGAACAGGCGGGCAUUGAAAGGACAGGGAGCGUGUGUUCAUUCCUGGCCAUCAUCGUUCAUCUGGGCGCAUGCCUCGACCCCGAGACCGAGCUGGAGUCGCACCUCCUCGAAUUUCUUCCCUCCGUGCUUCCUUGGAGCAUGGGGCAGCACUUCAAUGCCAGGGUGUACGCACAGGUGGCACUUCACCUAGCUUCACGUUGGAGCAAAGAGCAUGGAUUGAACUCCGUUUUGGAGAAGUAUGCUGCCCUGUUCACGUGUCUGAAGAGCACCAUUCAGAUGGGGAACUGGUCUAGAAAUGUUGAGAAGCUACUAGAGGACUUUUACUUCAAGGACUUCAAUGCUGUUGAUGACCUUACGCUUCAGACGAUAUUCUGUGAGCUUCCUCGACUGACCGGUCUCACAGACAGGGAGUUCAUUCCGCUCUCCGUCUUUGAAGAAGUCCUCACCAUGGGUCCCGAGAAGCUUGCCCUGCCGCUGUAUAACCUUGAUGACCGACUUUCCUCGGCUAAGCCCAGCCAUUGGCUUGAAGGUACUCAAGCGGAGUUUGAAGUGGUUCUCGACAAGGAAGACUACCAGAAAAAGAUCACGCCCUGGAAGCAGCAGCUUGCCUCAUGCGACCUCAUGUGGGACCUGAACGUGCCGAAGAAGAACACUGCCGGCAGCUUGAUUGUUGUUGCCUCGCUGAUCGACCGCAUUCCCAACUUGGGCGGUUUGUGCAGGACUUGCGAGGUGUUUGGCGUGAAUGAGUUUGUGGUUGGCUCGCUAAAGUACCUUGAAGAUAGGAACUUCCAAGGACUGAGUGUUUCAGCUGAGAAAUGGAUCACCAUAAGCGAGGUGAAGGUACACCAGUUGAAAGAGUACCUGCCCGGAAAGAGGAGUGAAGGGUACACCCUGGUAGGUGUCGAGCAGACAGCGGGGAGCAAGCCGUUGCACGAGUUCAACUUCCCUGAGAAGACACUCCUCCUGCUUGGAAACGAGAAGGAGGGACUCCCGGUCGAGCUGAUUCAGCUGCUCGAUGUUUGCGUCGAGAUCCCUCAACACGGUGUCAUACGUUCACUCAAUGUCCACGUUAGUGGAGCCAUCUUGGUAUGGGAAUACACGAAGCAACACUCUGCGUUACCAGUGACUGAGUAAUAUCCGGCAGCGCAUGCUUGGUCUUGUUGCUCUGCUGUAAUUUCCGCUGACCAUUCUAGAACUGCCAUUUCUCUUUUUUGCACCGGCCAGUGCAAAGUGUACAUACGCUUGCGUCGUCUACGAAGGCACUGAAGCCUUUAUGCCUUGAAGUCUUCCAGUAUACUUUGCGUUAUCGCAGGGGCACUAUGGGUGGCUGGCACGAAGCGUGAAAUGCGUAAGGGAAAUAUGUAAGGCACAAAAAGGACAGGGACAAAGUUAAAACACGAAUUGACAAACACGAGCACCAACUUCCAACUGUUUAUUAACAGAAACCAUGCUGAUUUAUACAUGCUGCCGAACAAGGCAUAAUCUCAUUACAGACAUAGUAACAUGGAUGAACUAACAAACCAUC